UAUUUUAUCUGCAAAAUGCUCAGAUUAUUGUAUAUGUAUUACCUCGCCAAAAUGGCUGACGCGUCGACGACGAGACGUGCGAACAAAAUACCUAAUAAUUUAUACGAAUUGUGUUUGACGAAUUUAGUGAACUAUUUGCAGAAAUCUAAGUGCGACAGAAAUGAUUUGCGUUCAUUGCCGGAUAUCAUUGUUAUGGAUGUUUACUAUAAGAUGCUGCAGGAGAAGCGGCUGUGCAUCCUGGCGGCGGAGCUGUCCGAGCUGGACAUCUUCGAGCGGCUACUGUUCUACGCGGACUCGCAGCUGAGGCUACUCCAGUGCUUUCAGGCGGUGAUAGAACACGGUUCAAACUGGCUGUCAACGGAGUUGGCGACCGCAUACCUGUCCAAAUGCGAGUCCAACACUGGUUCUCGGGACCCACUCAUACAGCUGGGACUCAGACUUGGCGGCUUCCUGAACGAAGCGGGUUGGUACGCGGACGCGCAGCGCGUGCUUCUACAGUGCCGCGACCUCUGCCAGGCGCAACCACAGACCACAUAUUACAAACGACUCACCCUCGAGUGUUGCCAUAGGUUAUUGAACACACAGUCGGCCUACUGCUGCUUCCCCGCAGCGGCGGAGACAUACGCGCUCGCGCUGAAGCUGCUCGGCCUGGAGCCGCAGGCGAGCGGCCAGCUGCCCGACGGACCGAUCGCGGUCGGCGACACGUGCGACAAGGCCCUGCAGACAGAAUGUGACGAUACAGAACAGGCGGGCGUGGCGGGCGGCGGGCGCGCGGCGGCGUGUACGCGGGGCGCGUGGGGCGGCGCGGCGCUAGCGGCGCGGCUGUGCAAGGAGUUCAGCGCGCUGUUCUUCGUGCGCUGCGACUACGGCGCCGCGCACGCCUGGAGCCUGCGCGCGCUCGCGCUGCUCGACGACUGGACGCCGCCCAGGAUCACGGUGGAGGUGCUGCGCGCGUGCGGCAAGGCGUGCGUGGUGAAGCGGCGGUUCGCGGCGGCCGGGCUGCUCGUGCGCCAGGCCGUGGCGCUGGCGCGCGCGCACUUCGGCCCGCGCCACCCGCGCACCGCCGCCGCGCUGCUCGACUACGGCUUCUACCUGCUCAACGUCGACUCCAUCACGCACAGCGUCGCCGUCUACGAGGAGGCGCUGGGCACGCUGCGGCGCGUGUUCGGGCGCAGCAGCCUGCACGUGGCCACGGCGCAGGAGGACCUGGCGUACGCGCUCUACGUGCUCGAGUACUCCUCGGGGCUGUUCUACAAGGCGCGCGACCACGCCGAGCGCGCCAUACGCAUCAUCGAGAAUCUAGUACCGGCCGACCAUCUGCUGCUCGCGUCCGCGAAACGUGUCAAGGCCCUAAUAUUAGAAGAGAUCGCGUUGGACACCCCGGCCGGACAGGAUAUCAGUGAGCCAAGCUUACUGGAGGAGUCUGAGUCGCUGCACAAGGCGGCGCUGGCGCUGUCCAUGAUGGCGUUCGGGGAGAAAAACGUGCAGACCGCCAAGCACUACGGCAACCUGGGCAGGCUUUACCAGAGCAUGCAGAAGUUCCAGGACGCGGAGGCGAUGCACCUGAAGGCGAUAGCGAUCAAGGAGGAGCUGCUGGGCGCGGAGGACUACGAGGUGGGGCUGAGCGUGGGCCACCUCGCCUCGCUCUACAACUACCACAUGAACAUGCACCUCGCCGCCGAGAAGCUCUACCUUAGAUCCAUAUCCAUCAGCCUGAAGCUGUUCGGCGAGAGGUACUCGGGGCUGGAGUACGACUACCGCGGGCUGGUGCACGUGUUCACCAAGCUGAAGCGGCACGAGAGCGCCGCGCACUACGACCGCCUGCUGCAGCACUGGCACGCGUUACGGGAGGAGUCCAAAGCGGAACAGCAGCCGGCGCUGGGCUCGGAACAGGUGAUGCCGCUGGCCGAGCUGCAGGCCGCGCUGUUCGCGCACAACGACUGAGCACCGCCUCGUGCGGUCGCCACGCAUGGAUCACAUGUACUGUCUCUCAAUGAGAACUGCGUAUGAAUUUAAAGAGUGUAAUAAAGCAGAAUAUGCCAGUGCGAGAGAAGGAAAACUAUAAUAUUACAUUCAAUGUCUUCUUAUGAAAAAGUCCAGCAGUGGGCCGUAGUUAAAGAUGUGUGGAACAGCUCAAGUGGAUAAAAUUUACAAUGCAGCGCCAUCUAUUGAUUUCUUGAGAUGAUACGGUUGUUGUUUUGCGUAUUAGAUCAAUGUAGAGUGAUUAUUGGUUGUAUUUUAUUGUCAAAUUGUGAUUUUUUGCUUGCGGAUGUCUCAUUAUGUGAAAAAUAGAUGCAAGUGUAAGUGGUAGGUGUCAAUACUAACAGGCUUUAUUGGAAAUUACAAUAUUAAAUUUGUCCUAAUUUAAAACGUUAUAUUUUAAUUGACACAAAGAAAUAAAAAAAUUCAAUAUUUGGCUUUAGUGUGCAACGACGGCUAGAGACUUUUAACACGAGAGGGCGCUGUUCUCGUUCACUUUGGCUUGUGGCUUGUGGCUAUUGUACUUGGGAAGUUAUACACCAAAAAUUUGCUGAGGGCGUUAGUUCAAAAAGGCCUACAUAGUACGCCUCAAGCCACCCAGCCCGAUACACAAAUGUACAUACUAUGCGAUUAUUAUAUAUAUGUAUGUUUACCGUAAGUACCAAUAGUGAAAAUAGAAGCUGAUUAAAGCGCACAAUGGAUAAGUAAGGAGACUUGGUUAUGUUUUUUUGAUGGGUGAAAAUGGUAUGGUAACCCCGCCUGCGCUAACGGGAUACGCUGGCGGAGCACCAGUGAAGGGUGAUAGAUGAGAAUGAAAACAGGCCAGUUAGCCCAUCAUGAUGAAUUCACAAACAAUGAUAGUUUUCAGGGAGAACCGCGUGGAGGUCAACCUGGCUGAGUAUAUUGCUAGCAAUGAGAUUCUUAAUCUCCGUUGCUAACAAUCCCUUUCCCCCCUAGUAGACUUGGUUAGCCGUUUUAUAUUUACGUUAAACUUGAUUAUUUUUUUUUUUAACUGUAAUAUAGACCUGAGUAAUGACUCGGUGCAUUAUUGUGCACAUUUAAUAGUAGAUUUUUAGUACUAGUAACGAUUCCUAAAUACAUGCGAUUUUUUUUUUUUUAUAAUUUUUAACACUAUUUAUCCUUGAGGGUAGACACAGUAGCUUUACUUCCUUUGUUUACUUCUAAAUUCAAAUUGACGCGGUCUUUGGAUUAUAAGUUGGGCCGAGAGUAAUUUCUUCCUGAUUCUGCCAUUUGUAUAUAGCUUAAAACAUUUCAAUUUGCCAAAAAAUAAACGCUUUGAAUAGAUAAUUGUAUUCGAGUAUAAUUUUUAUUAGAAGAUUUAGUUUUGUUACUAUGAUUUAGUCAAUGUAAGCCGUCAUGUAGUCAAACUGGCUUUUUGUAAUGUUUGGUAAACAAUCUUGACAUAUUAAAAACAAAUUUAUCAAUUAGUCGAGUGAAAUAAUUAUCAAGUCAAAUUAGACAUUUAUUUACAUAAAUAUAAGUAUUUAGUUAAAUGUUUUUAAAUAUAGACCAGAGUACCAGAGGGAGACUUUGUACAAAAGUCGAUUGCUUGGGUACCUCUGUCCUAUUCGUGUUUCUACCGUGAAGCAGUUGUGUUUGCAUGGCUGUGUUUCGGUUUGAAGGAUGGGAUAUGGCGUGAAUUUACAGGGUACAGAGGAAUAACAUCUGAGUCCUUAGGAAUGGCAACGCAUGGGGGGUAUCAUGGGCGAAACAGUAUGUGUGUGUACUGUUAUAUCCAUGGUACUGCUCAUGUCUAUAGGCGACGGUUACCACUUUCCAUCAGGUGGGCCCUCAGCUUGUUUGCCAUUCUAAGUUGUAUAAAAAAAAAUAGAAAAUAAUGUAAAGCAUUAUGUUUUGCUGUUAUUGAGUAUGCAAGUAUUAAAAAAACUCUUCAGCACAAUUAUUAAAUACUAUAUUAAUUAUUAAUUUCUGUCUAUCCUAUUUAAGCGCUUCACUCUUGUCGGUCGAGCUCUUGCCACUCACUACGAUUUUCAGCGAGUCUCUUCACCUCUUGAUACGACACGACACCAACUCCUUCCUUGAUCUGCGUGAUGUAACUAUGCUUCGGUCUCCCUCUUCCCCUCCUUUCUGAAUUAAAUUAUUAAUUUAAGAAACUUUAAUAUUUAAUUGUUAAAAUUAAGCAUUACAACAAUCAAUGAAAAGUAAAAAUUUAAGUAACAAAUAUACUAGAAUAAAAAAAAAAUUAAAUUCAUUUUAUGUCAAGUAAUAGAAAAUUAUAAUAAUAAGACACAGACACAAGUAAAUUUUGACUAGUAAAUCAUUUAACACAAAAACUAAUUUAUUCCGACGAUUUGUUAAUUUAAUUAAUAAUCAAGAUUGUUUACUAAAAGGAUGAAUAAUGAGUAACUGCAGUGAAUUAGUGAUAUACUCAUGACUGAUUUCGCGAUUUUCUGCGACAGACAAACGGAUACUUGACCAUGUGGGGGUCGUUCUACAUGUUGUGUAUAUUCUAGUUCAUGUGUCUAAUGUUAGUUGUAUUUGUAAAUAAGCUGUCUCUGAGCGCCCACGGUGUGCAAUGUCUGUUAAAAUUAUGUUCCUUUUGUACGUAUAUUCUGUAUAAAUAUAAAAUUUACCUACAUACGAUUUUUUUUUUGUUUAGGGCCUUUUCAGAGUUGCACGUAUUUGUAUACGUGGAUCAACCCUACAACCUACGUGUCUUGUGGCUUCACCUUUAUGUGUUAGUAUUAAAACGUAAAAUACGUAUCAACCUAAAGGAAGAUUUAUCUGUAUAUUCAAUUUCAUUCAAAUCCGUUCAGCUAAUUCAGUGUCAUUAAAUGGCAAACUUGAACAUUUUGUACUAUAAUUAAUUUUACCCCUUGGGGAUAAUCCCUCGUGCAAGGUCGCAUAAAUAUGGCUCUAAAAGGUAGAAAAAUAGUUGUAAAUUAAUUUCGCAUGCAGUGUUAUCCCGCAAACGGGCUUAUAUAUACAACACGAGCAGGUUGAUCCGGCGUGCAGGACCAAAUACGUGCGACUCUGAAAGCACCCUUAGCGUAAAUUAUUAGCUGUAAUUUAUACUAUUGUGUUGUGUGCAAUGAAUAGUUCGAAAUGUAAAUAUAAAUAAUGGAAUUUAUUUCGCCGAUGUUGCCAACCGUAUAUUACGUCAUGGCCAAUGUUGUAAUGAAAUAUAUAAAUUUUGAACGCAUAGUGAUGACUAGGCAAUGCGUUUACAAUCAGAAAUGGGUGGAACCUUCUCGUUCUAUGUCAUUAGAGUGUACUUACGAGCGAUAUAGUGUCAAGAAAGCCUGCAAUCGUAUGUUUUAUUUUAGACUAAUUUUUACAAUGUAGAUUUAGUAAUUUAUAACUCUCUCGUGAUCUCUGUUUUUUUUUUUUUUUUUAAUAUCAAAAGCGGCUUGUUAAAUACAAAUAGGCAAAGAUACUGUCCCGUUUGUUAUGUAAAAAGGAAAUAGAUGACAUUUGAAAAUGUCAUAAUAAUUUUGUAAUAAAAAAUGUCAAAUAUUUUAUAUACAUUACAAAGUUCAGUGUGACAAGGUUCCGACCCACUUCUGACAGCGACCGCUACUUUCAGAAUUGUCGACUAUGAGUCGUGGAUUCUUUGUUUUGAAAUGCUUUGUUAGCUAAUUAUUGAUGAUAGUCGUUUUGUAAAAAGUAACAUAUCUGUAUGUACGUUUUAUUGAAUAAUUCGAGGACAUAGUUAAUUAUUAUAAUGAAAAUGUAAAUUAUUAACGGUCGAGUGGUCGGUCGGUCACUCGCCAUUAUUUUCGUACACCUCACAGCUUGACUAUGUGUAUACAAGUAUUUUUAUGGGAGAACAUUAUAUAACAUGAUGAUUUGGCUGUUAAAUGCGUAACGCGUAUGAGUAAAUAAGAUUAUAAA